AUGUUUAAAUCCAACAACUAUGACACUGGAAUAUGCACUUUGCCGUGCUGCGCUUUGCGACACACAGUGCAUCAGGCGCACCUGGUUUCUGGCACGCGGACGGUUAAAAGGCGUCAACGGCCAUCGAAGGUGGUUUCCCAGCUGGCGGACGUCGAGAGGGUUCCUCAGCGGCCUGCCGGCAGCUUUCUAGAGACUGGUGUGCCAUCAAAAUACAAAGAACCUCAGCCACCUGAAAUUCGUGAAAUUGAAGAACCAAAAGCCAUUGUGGAUAUCAUGAACCAUUUCCAGGUUAUCUCUAAAACUGUUCAAAGGCUGGAAAAGAAGAUUGAUGGCAUAGAUAACAAAGUAACGAGAAUUUAUUACUCUCGUGCCAGAUCCUUUUGGCAUUACCCUCCUUUUAAAUUAGUAUCUAGAAGAUACAAUUACCUGACAUCUAAAAGAGUUAAACUCCAGAAAGAGAGCCAAGUAGUUCAUGAUGAUACCUUCUCCUACCCUCAAAGUUACAGUCCAACUUCACCAGUCCGCACAAGGGAUGAAGUGAGCUUUGAUGUAGAGAAUGAAGAGACUAUAGAUUACACCCAGACGCACCCGUGCCCUGAUAUUAUUGACAACGCCCAGAUGUUCCAGAACCCUGAUUCUAUUGACAAUGCCCAGACAUACCAGUAUGCUGAUUCUAUGGACAACACCGAAAGUAUCCAGAACACUGAGAACGAUGCUGUGUUCCAUUCUGACGAUUCCCUGGGAGUGAGAUGUAUCAGUUCUUCACCAGAGAGUAAACGUCCAGAAACUCCACAGAGUCCUGUAUAUACUCCCCAAAACUACCAUUGCAGAAUUCCUGGCUCUUCUACAAGGACCCACUACAGUGACUUUGAAAAUCCCAACUUGCACACCACCAUUUCUUCUGCUUCAACAAUAUUGAGAGGAAGCCACAUCCCUCGAGCGGAGCUUAUGCCCAUUAGGAAUCCUGAAAUGAAGCGAUUGGCCUUACUGGAGGCCCAGAGUACACCUGUGAUUGACCCUAAUACUUUUGGUUUGUCAUCCAGUUGUACCAAGGCUGUUAUGAAAGGCCUUGGAAAGCCUUUAAACUGGUCUGUGAAUGACGUGGUAACAUUUCUGAACCGUUUAGAUCCUCCGUUGGCAGACCAACUCUACUCCACCAUCAGAGAACAUGACAUUGAUGGGAAAGCCUUGCUGUUGCUCAACACUGAUAUAAUGAUAAAAUAUAUGAGGAUGAAGGUGGGAGUAGCCUUGAAGCUCAUCAGCUACAUUCAAAAGCUUAAAAAAGGAGUAAACUGUCGCCCGUAA